GCGGCCACGUUGUCACGCUGAGAAGGCGGAACCAGAGGAACCAGGAAGUUUUCCAUUGACUACUACACGGUUCUAAUGCAGCUCUGAAGACCACAGGCAGUGACUUUUAAGAAAUGGCCCAUUUUGAAGAAGUCAGCAAGCAGUCUGAUCUGCACCCUAAACCAGCAGGGUUGGUUUUGCAGUAUGGCACAGCUGGCUUUAGAACCAGUGCCAAUAAGUUGGACCACAUCAUGUUCAGGAUGGGUUUGCUGGCCACACUCCGCUCCAAGAAGACCCAAGCCACCAUUGGAGUCAUGGUGACGGCGUCGCACAACCCAGAGGAGGACAAUGGUGUGAAGCUUAUUGACCCGAUGGGAGAGAUGUUGACGUCGUCAUGGGAAGACUAUGCCACCCAGCUGGCCAACACAGAGCAGGACGAGUUACUCACGACUCUGAAGGAUAUCGUAGAGAAGGAGGCCGUCGAUAUGAGCCAGGAGGCCAACGUAUUUGUAGGAAAAGAUACCAGGAGCAGCAGUGUUAGCCUUUCACAGGCUGUGCUGGAUGGAGUCAAAGCCCUUGGUGGUCACAGCAAAGAUUACGGUUUGGUGACCACCCCGCAGCUGCAUUAUAUGGUUUGCUGUCAGAACACGCAGGGGAAAUACGGAGAGGCAACAGUGGAGGGAUACUACCGCAAACUCAGCCAAGCUUUCUCUCAACUCGCCAAGAACGCGUCUAAUCGUACGGAUGACCAGAAGCACCUUAGUGUUGAUGGGGCUAAUGGCAUUGGAGCCAUAAAGGUACGGGAGAUGGAGAGUCACUUGAAAAAACACAUGCAGCUUUCCGUCUUUAAUGACGGCAGCAGAGGAAAGCUGAACCACCAAUGCGGAGCCGACUUUGUCAAAGUGCAGCAGAAACUUCCAACAGGCAUCAAGAUCAACCCUGGAGAUCGCUGCUGUUCCUUCGAUGGCGAUGCUGACCGUAUAGUUUAUUAUUACACCGACUGUCAGGGUGACUUCCACCUCCUUGAUGGAGACAAGAUAGCUACUCUCAUCAGCACCUUUCUGAAAGAGCUCCUUAAUGAGGCUGGUCUUGGUCUGAAGAUAGCAGUGGUGCAAACUGCUUAUGCAAAUGGCAGCUCAACUCACUACCUGGAGAACACAAUGAAGGUAAUCGUAAAGUGUACUAAGACUGGAGUGAAGCAUCUACAUCACGCUGCUCAAGAAUUUGAUAUUGGUGUCUACUUUGAGGCAAACGGUCAUGGGACAGUGUUAUUCAGUGUUGGAGCUGAAGAGAAAAUCCAGCAACUCGCCAAUGACCCCAACAUCAAUGAUGAGAGGAAGAAAGCUGCUUUCCUGCUGCAGAAUACCAUCGACAUCAUCAACCAGACUGUUGGAGAUGCCAUUUCUGACAUGCUGCUGAUCGAAGCCAUACUGGCCAUUAAAGGGAUGACUGUUCAGCAGUGGGACGCCAUCUACAGUGACCUGCCGAACAGGCAGCUUAAAGUUCAGGUCUCCGACCGCAGAGUGAUAGACACCACCGAUGCAGAGAGGCGGGCCGUGACCCCAGCAGGGCUGCAGGAGGCCAUCGACGACUUGGUGAAGAAGUAUCAAAAGGCCCGCUCCUUUGUGAGGCCCUCUGGCACCGAGGAUGUGGUGAGAGUCUAUGCAGAGGCAGACACCCAGGAGAGCGCAGAUGCUCUGGCUCAUGAAGUCAGCCUUGCAGUGUAUGGCCUGGCAGGGGGAGUCGGCGAUGAACCCAAACCUUUGCAUUAGAUGCAAACUCACACACUGUCGCCAAAUCAAUAUUUUGAAGGAAAUCCCCGUUGAUUAUCAUUUUCUAAAUCAGAUAAAUAUAUCUCUUUCCCAGGGUGGUGCUAUUAUGUCAAAAUGUUUAACUGCACUUUCUAUUCUUUCUUCAUAACUGUUAAAAAAAAAUAUGCACAGAAAAUGGAAAGUAUCAUGUACUGAGGUAGAUUUCUGUGUGAUAUCAAGGUUGCACUACAUUGUAAAUAUGAAAAGCAUGGUAAACCAAUCUAUUGUUUCAACUUAUUUCUAAGGCUUAAACACGUUUGAAUCAGGUGUCAAAACAAAUAGAAAGUUUACAUUUCACUUGAAAUUACACAAUUUUCCAUAAUAAAUUAGAAAUAAUAA